CAGUUUUCCCUAGCCUCAUAAAUACGCCUCCUCACUGCGACCUUCAGCACAACUUGAACACACUCCAGUGUAUAGCAGCUUGUAGGACAAGCCAAGUGCCAGGUUGUCGCUACGCUAGAUGCGCGCCCGGAGCAGCAGUGUGCGACGAUGCUUUCGCGUCGCAGGUGGAGCCGACCACGUGGACGAAAGGCCUUUUCUCGCCCGUUCGUAAGACUAGCUAAUUUCUAACAGACCAGUCAUGAGCCUCGGCCGUUCGUGAGCCUCGGUCGAAAGCUCGCCCGUUCGUGAGACUAGCUAAUUUCUAAGAGACAGAGUCAUGGCGACUGCUUUAGUAGCCUCGGCAUUCUCGAGGGCUCCUCAGAAAAGGAUGCCUAGACGAGCAUUCUCGGAAAGUUCCUGGCGCCGUUUUUCCCCUACUUCGACAACUCCAGAUGAGACGAGUUGGCCUUUGAGAACUCCGAAAAGCCAACUCGCUUCGUCAGCUCGGCGCGCCUUGCACUCCUCCGGAGCCUGGUCGCAUGGAAACGCACCAGGCAUGCUAUUUCACGUGCGCCUCCUCUGCCUCGUCGCAUGCCUGCUGUCGCACGCGUCGCCAGCUGUCGCCGCGCGACCAACCAUCGUUCCCAUCCGCAUUGACUGUGGAGGCACGGCUCCCACCACUAUUAACGGGAUCCAAUGGCAAGCUGAUCAGUACUUCGAUAUAAGCACAUCUGGUAACCAGCGCAAGAACCCCACAGACCAGCGUAACGGGUUACCAGUUUCCCUCACCGAAAACGUCGCCCUGGGGAAUCUUUUAUCCUCAGUAGAAGCUUCUCUCCGUUAUUUCCCAACAUUAAAAGGCUGCUACAGGGUUCCCGUUACACCCGGACGUUACUUAGUGCGAGUUGGUUAUGCAUAUUAUAACUACGAUAACCAAAGUGCGCCACCGUUUUUUAUGGUUAAGUUGCAAAACACUGAAGUGGAGACGGUGGAUAUGGCUGUAGUGGAGCAGAGGCUUGUGUCGGGGGCGUACUACUCUGACUAUAUGGCGUAUGCUCCUGAGAAGAUAGAACAGGGGGGGCGCAGAGGAGGCAAAGGGAUGGCACCAGGAGCAAAGGGAGGAGCAGGAGGAGCGACAGAGGGAGUGGGGCAAGGACCAUGGGGGGCAGGAGCAGCAGGAGCAGCAGGAGCAGCAGGAGCAGCAGGAGCAGCAGGAGCAGCAGGAGCAGCAGGAGCAGCAGGAGCAGCAGGAGCAGCAGGAGCAGCAGGAGCAGCAGGAGCAGCAGGAGCAGCAGGAGCAGCAGGAGCAGCAGGAGCAGCAGGAGCAGCAGGAGCAGCAGGAGCAGCAGGAGCAGCAGGAGCAGCAGGAGCAGCAGGAGGGGGCAUAGGGAGGGGAGGUGAUGGCGCUGCAGCACAACCAACCGACGGCACUGUAGCAAGUGCAAGAGUCAGCAAGGGAGCGAACAGAGCCAAUGCAGCCAACGGAACCAACGGUACCAAUGGUACCAAUGGUACCAUCUCGAUCUGUUUCAUAACUCAAGACCCCUCCCACGCCCCUCCCAUCAUCAACUCUCUAGAGAUCCUCCCUGUUCACUCAGCAGCCUAUGACGCUGCCGCCCUGGGCCAAGAUAUUAUCCUCUCCUCGUACCUCCGGAUCAACAUGGGCGGCGGGCAGGUUGGGCCCGAGCCUGAGGACCCGGGGUUCCGAACCUGGAUGGCGGAUGUGGUCUGGGAGAAGGAGAUGGCUAGGCUCGGGAGGGCAGGAGCAGGGAGGAGGAGAGGGAGAGGGAGGGGGAGAGGGAUCGCUGGGACUCGAGAGGCACCUGAGUUUCUACCUGGUGCGAUAUUUGAAGACUGGAGGUCCCCAGGUGGGGUAGGGGUGCAAGGGGUAGAUGGGAAGGGGCAGGGGCAAGAGGGGCAGGGUCGCAGGCUGCUGGUGUCUCAAGAGGCACCUGAGUUUCUACCUGGGGGAAUAUUUGAAGACUGGAGGUCGCCAGGUGGGGUAGGGGUGCAGCGGGGGCAAGGGGAGGGGCAAGGGGAGGGGCAAGAGGGGCAGCAAGACGGGCAGGGGCAUUCUCGCAGGCAGCUCCAUACACCGUUUGAUCAGCGCUCCCAUGAGCUGGUGUGCACCAAGUGCCCUACCUUGCUUCCCCUGCGGCUAACAGAAGCCGAUGCACGUUGGAGCAACCACGGCCACACCACGGCUCUGCGGCACCGCCGGAAGCACUUGCUCCACGGCAGAUCGCUUAUAGGACCAGGCACCCCCCCAGGCACAGCAGGAGCAGCAGGAGCAGCAGGCACAACAACUCCCCCUCCCCCAGGCAUUCCAGUCACAGGGUUCCGAAUGGCGCUCAUCCCAGUGGACCCCUCCAACCUCUGGUACAUCCGCUUCUACUUCGCUGAGAUGAAUGGGAGCGCGCAGGUGGGCGACCGGCGCUUUGACAUCCUCCUGGGGAGUGGGAGUAGGGUUGCGACUGUGGGGAACAGGGUGGGGCUGCUGGGAGGGGGAGGAGGGGGGGGCAAUGGGCCUGCUGCUGGUGGAAAUGCUGCUGGCGCUGCUGGCUCUGAUGUUUCUGCUGGUGUUGGGUUAGGAACAUCAGGGGCGGCAGCAGGGGCGGGAGCAGGGGCGGGAGCAGACGCAGGUCGUUCUGGCGUUAAUGGAAACAGCAGCAGCAACAGCAGCAGCGGAGCAUCGUCAGCAUCGUCAGCAUCGUCAGCAUCAGAGUUUGACAUUCUGACGCACGUGCCGCCCCGCACGGCUCUCAUCGUCCCUCUCCUCUUCAACUUCUCCCGUUUCUCCCGCGGCCGCACAGAGGACCUCGAGGUAGGCGUGCGCACAGCGGCCAAUAGCACGCUGCCAGCUGUCCUGAGUGCGGUGGAGCUGUUUGAAGUGGUGCCGCUGUCUCACGAGGAGGAGGAGGAGGAGCCAGAAGAGGAGGUGGUGGUAGUGGCAGGAGGAGGAGGGGGGGCGAAGGGAUUGGGAGGAGCAGCGGCUGUAAGCGCACAAGGGGCACCGCUGCCCAGCACAAGUGGUGUUGGGACCAGCACAGUCGGGGCGGAAGGAGGGGGAGCAGCAGUAUGAUCGGGAGCCACAUCCAUCCAAAGCAGUGUCCAUCCAAAGCAACAUCCUUCUAAGCCAACAUCCAUCAAAAGCAACAUCCUUCUAAGCCAACAUCCAUCAAAAGCAACAUCCUUCUAAGCCAACAUCCAUCAAAAGCAACAUCCUUCUAAGCCAACAUCCAUCAAAAGCAACAUCCUUCUAAGCCAACAUCCAUCAAAAGCAACAUCCUUCUAAGCCAACAUCCAUCAAAAGCAACAUCCUUCUAAGCCAACAUCCAUCAAAAGCAACAUCCUUCUAAGCCAACAUCCAUCAAAAGCAACAUCCUUCUAAGCCAACAUCCAUCAAAAGCAACAUCCUCCUAAGCCAACAUCCAUCCAAAGCAACAUCCUUCUAAGCCAACAUCCAUCAAAAGCAACAUCCUUCUAAGCCAACAUCCAUCAAAAGCAACAUCCUUCUAAGCCAACAUCCAUCAAAAGCAACAUCCUUCUAAGCCAACAUCCAUCCAAAGCAACAUCCUUCUAAGCCAACAUCCAUCAAAAGCAACAUCCGUCCAGCAAAGGUAAGAGAUUCUGGGACCAGAGCUGGAACGCCUGUUUGGGUGAUAGUGAUCAUUGCAGUGGGGAGUGCCCUUGUGCUACUUAUAUUGGUGCUCGCCACUUGCUGGUUUUUGCGUGGCCAUCACAGAUUCAAACGCUUAGAAGAUGAAGCUUGAUGCCAUCAGAAUGGGAUUUGUUAUUAUUAAAUCAAUCAUACAAAUUAGUAUCAAAAUCGCACUUCCUGUUAUAGGAGCUCAUUUACAUGCUCCUAUCAUAUUUGAUUCAUGUACGCGCUCCCAUAAAGCUAACUUCACUUU